UCAGUUCGAUAGGAACGCGAGUCCAGUGAAGACGUGUACCGAAUACCGCCGACUGACGCGACCUCCGUCCGUUGGGGUCCGUCCUGCACACGUUACGGGUGCGUUACCUAGUGGUUACUUGCAACACAGGAUGUCACAAUUGAUGGAAAUUUAGUUCAGUGGCAGUUCCUGUUUUAAGCUGUAUCGCGAGGUGCCCGGAGCUUAGGGUCAAAAGUGCGUCUUGUCUGCGUGCGUCCGUGUUUUUUUUCUGGUGAGUGGUGAGUGUGUGUUUGUUUGUUCGCCAUUUGUGCGAAAACCGUGCGUGCUUAGGGCUGGGGGUGUGCAUUAAAGGGGCACGCUGUUUAAAGCCUGCUGAGUGAAAUUUUUACCCUAGCGGAAAGAUAUCUUAGAAGCCAUAAAUUAUAGAUUACCAGUAUCCAAGGAAACAUCCUGCUCGUAAAACAUCUACAGUGAAUAGGAUUUUGUGUAAAAAGUAGAAAUUGUCUCUUGAGUGAGAUAAGAUACUUAAAUAGUACAUAAAAUUUGUCAAUUUAUGUGAACACCUGCAAACUCCUGUCGUUGGUGCUCCGAAAGUUAUUUCACCUGCAUGGAAUGUUUGCAGUAAGAGAAUUUCUGGUGAAAAAACUCAAACGAAUGAUUCAAUGCAGCCAUACUUGAAAGUAAGCUUCAACCUAAAAUUUGUGCUUGAAGUGACCAAAGUGACCGCAAGUCAAGUGAGUGAAACAGGAGCAAAAAACAGAUCUGUUUGCAAAUAAUCAACGAGUUGCAUCGAACAGGUCCGUUGCGUGGCCCAGCCGAUGAGUAGGUGAACUUGUUUUCGUCCACCGCCUCCGACAGAAAUUCACUCACUCACAAGAUACAUAAUAAUAGUAAUAACGAAAAAAAAAAUCGUCGUCGUCGAAGGCUUAAAGUUGCGGUUGUUGUUUGCUGAUUUCGCUGCCGCGAGCUGCACGCGGCCGAAACAUUCGAGUGUGGGUGGCUGCAAGCGCGAAUGCCUUAAAUGCGGAACAACACAAGAGGAUGAUGAAAUUUUGAAACUAGUAGCAGCACUGCAUACAAUCUGAUUCACUACUGGAAGGCCGGAGGUCGAUUAGAAGGAUACACUUUUCCGAGUUUAAAACACUUGCCACAUCCACGAUACCGCCAGGAGGCAGCACCGGACCCAUCGGUUUUGCGGUGGUUUUCCAUUGGUUACGACUCGGUACUAACCGAAGGCAUGUGAUCUUUGUUGACAUCGUGCAAUUUUAAUCCCCUAUCCCCAGGUGUCUACCAAUCCGAUGAUUGAAAGGUAAAAACUUUCACCGUUUUCAUUCGUCUGAAAGCGAAAUGGAUGGAAAAUUCGGAUGAGGUCUCAUUAGUGUUGAUGUCGAAAGUUGUACCGGUGAACAUUGAUAUGUUUAAAAAAAGUUUAACCUGUAGAAAUCGUGAAUUCGUGUAAUCAAGAUGAUUUUAAUAGAGCACGAAACGAGCUAAAAUUAAAAUACACACACACACACACACACACACACCCAGCAUGAGGCCAGGAAAGCUUUCUUGUUAGUGGCAGGCACAUUCAGGCGUUCUUGGUUCGGUACGGUAGCAUGAAAAUCAUUGAUUGAAACUGAACAAACAGAUUCGAAGGAAGAAAGGAAGGAUCAUGUGUUUGUGCGGAAAGUGAAAUUGCGAAAACGGGGAGCGGUUUAACACAUCCUAGCGGCAAAAACGGAAACAAAGCAACCGUCGACGACUUCACGGCGAGCCUGGAAACUAACGUGUUGUGGCCGACUGUGGAUCACGUUCACGAUUGUCUUUAGGCCCGGUACGGUGUUUUGUGAAUGUGUUUAUGUGUGCUGUAAUAAUACGGGAAGCAUAACACAGUUAUAAUGAUAUGUAUUACCAUUGAUGAUGAUGAUCUUGUGGUGUGUUUGUAAUAUAAUUGAGUGUUUGGGGAAUUAGAAGGACUCCUGUCAUCGGUUGUGUGUCGUGUGCCGUGGAAUAUUUACGAUGGCGGGUAAAAUGGCAAUGGAAUGGAUUACUGCGAUUGAUAAGAGGCCAUGCGACCGGAAUCUGCGGGACUGCGAGUUGAUAUCGUGCCGGUUGAGACGGGUGGAACCACUCUGCCGGCUGCCCGGAUCCGCCCUACAGCAGCUGGCCAUGUGUGGAUUCUACGAGGAUCUGGAGAAGGGCGUAACACUGUUCCGAGCUGGCGAACAGGGUCGCUACUGGUAUGCGGUGCUCGGUGGUCAGCUGGAAGUGCGGUACCACGGUGCGGAAGCCAAGGAUAGUAAGCUUUCGGUGACGCUAUGCAAUUUGGGCGUCGGUGCCACGUUCGGUGAAUCGAUCCUGCAUGAUCUGCCCCGGGACAGCACAGUGGUAACCAAGACGACCUGCGAACUGCUGCGAGUCGAGCAGGAAGAUUUCAGACUGAUUUUUGAGAAAAAUAAGGAAUUAAUGAACGACAUAAUUUCCAACUGCAAAUUGAAAAAUGGAUUCGGACAGAGCAUGCAGACCACCAGCAUGGUUCAGUCCGGCAUUCAUCAGCAGUCAUCACCGGCCAAAAAACAACUGAGCCCGGACCAUCCCAACCCAGCCUUACCGAUUACCGAGGCACCAAGUCCUGCCAUGGCACGGAUGGGAUGGGCGCUGCGUACCCUGCUAGUGUCGGACAACACAAGCUGCCUGAAGGAUCGAAAGGUGAGCGGAAAAUUCAUUCGGAAAUGUGGUCCCGGCACCGAACUGGUCGACUGGCUGCUGAACCUAUCGCCGAUUGUUCACUCCCGGACGCAGGCAGCCGGCAUGUGGCAGGCACUGGUAGAAGAAGGUGUUCUCAGUCACGUGGCGAAAGAGCAACCGUUCAAGGACAAGUGCUUCCUGUACCGGUUCAAAAUGGACGAAGAUGGGACGUCAAGCGGGCCGCCUAGUUCGGACGACGUCAACCAGGCCAACGAUCACAUCCGAGAGGCACUACCUGCGUUGCUGCACCGGGGCCCGGAUGCAACCCUCCGGAUGAUCCUGCGGAAACCAUCCCACGAGCGUACGAACGAAGAGCUGGAACUGGUGUACGAGGAGUUGCUGCACAUCGCCGCCCUGUCCCACCUGUCGACGUCCAUCAAGCGGGAACUGGCAUCGAUCAUCGUGUUCGAGGCUCACGCACAUGCCGGAACAGUGUUGUUCAACCAAGGUGACGAAGGUCGAUCCUGGUACAUUCUGCUCAAGGGUUCCGUGGAUGUCGUAAUCCACGGCAAGGGAACGGUGGCGACGCUCAAGGAAGGAGAUGAUUUCGGAAAAUUGGCCCUCAUCAACGAUGCUCCCAGAGCGGCGACAAUCGUGCUCAAAGAGAAUAACAGUCACUUGCUGCGCGUGGAUAAAGAACACUUCAAUCGCAUCCUGCGAGAUGUCGAGGCCAACACGCUGCGAUUGCAGGAACACGGCAAGGACGUACUAAUCCUGGAACGGGUCGCAAAACAGCGAGGACACUCGGCUUUCAAGUACACUGUGAUGUCUGGCACACCGCAAAAAAUGCUGGAACACCUGCUGGAGACAAGACUGGGCGGUCAGGUGGGACCAAACGAUCCGUUUCUGGACGAUUUUCUCCUGACCCACAUCGUGUUCAUGCCGACGCCGAUUCUGAUCGACGAACUGGCCAGUCACUUUCAUGCCGAUGCCGAGGUGGACCUCCGGACGUCCAGCGAGGAAGACCGGGAGUACUUUAUGACGUGCAAACGGCGUGUGGUCCAGUUCAUCCAACGGUGGGUCCUUGCGGUACGACAUGCCGUCUUCGAGGACCCGAUAGCGGUGGAGUUCAUCGAGGAAAUUGCCACUGAUGUCGAGUCGGAAGGUUUUCUCCAGGAGGAAGCCAGCAUCAUUCAUCACGUGCUAACGCAAUUAUCCCGAUAUCAAGAAGAUCGGCAGAUGAACGCUAGCCAGAAGUGGAAGCUACCACCCAACGGACAACCCAUUUGCCUGUUCAGUGGAAACACUCACUCAAAGACUGUCAUAAGACCGGAUGACGACAUAAUCUUCCGGGUGUACUGUGCGGAUCACACGUACUGCACUCUCCGUUUCCCGAUGAUGGCCUCGGCCGAAAUCAUCAAGGCGUGUGCCGCAGACAAGCUGAAGAUACCGCGCAUUCCGGACGAUCUGCUGCUGGUGGAAGUUAGGAGCAGCGGGGAACGUUCAGUGUUCAAGGACACCGACGUCAGCAUACCGACGGCACUGAGUCUGAACGGACGAAUAUUCGUCUCACCAAAGGACCACCUGGACGCACUGACUCCCCUGCCGGAGCAAGAGCUUCCAACCGAGGCACUCGAUAUGGACUUCGAGGCGCUUCCGACCAAGGAUGUUGCGUACCACAUGACGCUUUUCGACUGGGAUCUGUUUUGGGCUGUGCACGAGUACGAAUUGCUGUACCAUACUUUCGGUAGACAUCAUUUUAAUAAGAUAACGUCAAAUUUAGAUGUAUUUAUAAGGCGCUUCAACGAAAUCCAGUACUGGGUAGUGACGGAAACCGUGUCAACGGCGAACCUGACGAAGCGAAUGGCGCUGGUAAAGAAGUUCAUCAAACUGGCCGCUUUCUGCAAGGACUACCAGAACCUGAACGCAUUCUUCGCAAUCGUGAUGGGUCUGUCAAAUAUGGCUGUGUCUAGACUAACGUUAACGUGGGACAAACUCCCGUCGAAGUUCCGAAAGUUGUUCACCGAGUACGAAGCGCUGAUUGAUCCCAGCCGAAAUCAUAGGGCCUAUCGGAUGUCGGUCGGAAAGCUGCAACCGCCGGUUAUUCCGUUCAUGCCGCUGCUACUGAAGGACAUGACUUUUGCCCACGAAGGGAACAAAACCAGUCUCGAUGGGUUGGUGAAUUUCGAAAAGAUGCACAUGAUGGCACAAACGAUGCGAACGGUUCGGUACUGUCGAUCCCGACACUUGGUAUUGGAUCCACCCUCGCCGAAGAACGAGAACGAAAUUCGCCAGUACAUCAGCUGCUUCCGAACCAUCGACAACCAGCGGGUGCUGAAUGCCAUGUCCCAGAAGGUGGAACCCCGGCGGUCGUAAGAUGUGUCAGACGCAGAAACAAAAAAAAACAACAAACGAAAGUGAUCAGAAACGGACUAACAACGGUUUGAUUUUCUUGGUAUAACAAAACAAAACAAACGGAAAACCCGUUUUGUCGUAACACCUUUGCCUAUCUACAAUUUUUUUUUCGAAACCGGACUAGAAUUGUAUGUCCCCCUGUUUUUUUUUUUUGGGAACAUUUGGAAAAAAAAACCCUUGCGCCAUUUGCUGCAAUUAGUUAGGUAGUAAUUUCUAUAUAUUUCCGUGCAGAAGUGAGUGUGUGCUGUUUGUUGUUUGUUGUGUUAUGUGAAUCCAAUGUUCGGUGGAUCGUGUAGAGACUACGAAAGGGUUAGAAUAAGUUCCCCAUUAACAUCGGCGAUUUUUUUUGUUUUCUGUACAAAAUAUGUUAACUUCGUUUCUUUUUGUAGUUGUUGUUAAGUUCAUGACUAUCCUACCGGGAAAAAAAAAUAACACUUUUGUUAUGUGCGUAUUAUCUGGACUAAGUAUUAUUCGUAA